CCAGUUUACACAAAGUCAAAUCUUAGAUGCGUCCUUGUUAUUAUACGUUCUAAUUUUAAUUUAUUCCAUCUUAGAGACGAGGGAAUUGACUUCGGUGCCUCAAAAGCAGCACAUUGAGGGGAGAAAAAAAAAAGAAACUAUAAGAUAAACAAAUUCUUCAUAAGAGAAAGAAAGCCGCGGAGAACGCUGCAAGAAUAUAACAUCUUUUUCAAUGGAAAGAGAAGAAGGCCGGAGUACUUGUGCAGCUGAAAUGGAUAUUGAUCUUUCUCUCAAGCUAGAUGCUCAAGAAAACCAAUCAUCAUCAUCAAGAUCAGAUGAUCAUCGUCAUCAUGGCCAUGACGAUGAAGAUCAACAACAGGCAAAAUCAGUUCAUGGUGAUGAUGAUGAUGAAGAUAAUCAACAUCAAGAAGUAGGAGAAGUUGCAGCUCAUGAAGAAGACAAGAAGAUUAAUGAAUCAGAAGUUAUUGUAGAUAAUAAUAAUCCUUUAUCAGACAGUAUGAAGACAGAAGAGGUAAGUUCUUCUGAGACUAAUAUAAGGUUGUCAAAAUUUUACAUAUGCAUGUGUCGGUUGUAAUUAAGUUAACAAAUAUGGAUUCUUUAAAAUCUCUCCUCAUCCAAAACCCUUUUUGAAGUUUCAUCUGCAAAAUUAGAUUCUAUACUAAUUAGUGUUAUAGAGAUUAUUCAUUUUGGAACCCCAACCAUAUAGGUGAAAAACUAAUUAACUGUUUUGGAAAUUUUAUAUAAUCAAUCAGCUGUCGGUGUUACGGAUGGAGAUGGAUCGAAUGAAGGAGGAAAACAAGACGUUAAGAAUGGCUGUGGAGCAAACCAUGAAGGACUACCAUGAUCUUCAAUUGAAAUUUGCACUUGUCCAACAAAAUGUUUACCAUCACAAGGGAGAUUCCAGAACUUUUCUUACGCUUGUGGGUAACGGAAGCCCGGAUCAGGAAGAGCAGAAUAUUCGAAGUUCGAGAUUGGUAGAUAUGAGCAGCAAUCAUCAUCAAGCAAGAUCAUUUGAUGAGAGUAACAAAGCAAAUAAAGCAGUAGGUGAUCGAUUAGGGUUGUCGUUGACUCUCCAAAGCAGUUCUUCAAGUCAAUUCAGAGAUGAUGAUCAUCAUCAUCAUCAUGGGGAAGUCAACUUGACAAACUCAUCAAAGGAAAAGGAAUUAGAUUCUGCAAACCCUUUUUCCCAAGCAAUUCAAAACCAUAAGCUGCACCGGACCGGCAGCCUUGGUGGUGGAGUCGGAGGAGGGAUCAUCCCAAAUCACGUUUCUUCUUCCCCAGCUGCUUCUAACAGGAAAGCUAGGGUUUCUGUCAGGGCCAGAUGUGAAGCUGCCACGAUGAACGAUGGAUGUCAAUGGCGAAAAUAUGGUCAAAAAAUUGCAAAAGGAAAUCCUUGCCCUCGAGCAUAUUAUCGUUGCACUGUGGCUCCUGCAUGCCCAGUAAGAAAACAGGUCCAAAGGUGUUUGGAGGACAUGUCCAUUUUGAUCACAACCUAUGAAGGAACACACAAUCAUCCCUUACCUGUGGGUGCUACAGCAAUGGCUUCUACAGCAUCAGCAGCUGCAUCCUUCAUGUUGCUGGACUCAAGUAACCCUCUUUCAUCAUCAGAUCAAGGGACCAACUUAGGAAUGUCAUCCAAUUUUAACCGAAUUUCGCCACAUUUUCCUUUUACUUCUACUACUACUACUCCUCACCAUCCACUCUUGAACUCAUCUCCUAAUAAUCCCUAUGGAUCGUCAUCAAGCCUAUUCAACAUUCAUCCAACCGAUCCCUCAAAAGGGAUUGUUCUUGAUCUCACAGCAACCAACAAUGCUCAUCAACAGCCGGCCGGAUCGUAUAACUCUUGGAUGCCUAGACCAAUAGCGGGAAAUUAUAUGGGUAGUAAUACUACUGUUGAUCAAGGAAGCAAGUUGUUGGCUGAAAAUGUGAAUGCACUUACUUCGGAUCCUAAGUUUAGGGUUGCUGUUGCGGCUGCCCUUUCCUCAUUCAUCAAUAAAGAAGGCAGCCAAACUAAUGGCAGUAAUAUUGGUCAAAUUCCUCCAUUAAAUCCCCCUAAUUCCUUUGUUCCUAGAGAUGGUGAAAAUGGUGGUAGCUCCUCAACUAGCAAAAAUUGGAUUCUAGGAUCGUUAUCCACAGGUGGUAGUUCAUCAAAUUGAUGAGAAGAUAUUGCUUUUUAAUUUCUUUAUCAUAUAUACUGUCAAACUUGUAAUUGUAGAUUAUGAUAUAUUAGAGUAAGUAGUGCUAGUUGAAUACUUGAAUUUGAGUAAAUUUUUUUGUCAACACAAGGUAAGGUUGCAGAGUUAUGAUCAUACUACUGUUACUUGUAAUUGUAGAUUAUAUGAAGAUAGAAGACCAGUAAUAGUUGAUUUGCUUAUUUCAGAUUGUGGAUCUAAUUAAAUGGUACUCUCAAUUUGUAGUUGUUUAUUUUGUU